AUGGCGAUUUGCAGGUUGAAAUCUUUGCUUUCCCUUUCGAAAUGUUCUUCAAUGCGCACUUUCUCUUCGGCACAGGCUCUCCCGUGUCACUUGCAGAAUAUUGGAUUCAUUGGGCUCGGAAAUAUGGGGUCUCAAAUGGCAAAUAAUCUGAUCAAAGCUGGAUUCAGUCUUACAGUUCAUGACCUAAACUCUGAUGUUCUCGAGAUGUUCUCACGUAUGGGAAUCCCCACAAAGAAAACACCUUACGAAGUUUCAGAAGCAAGUGAUGUUGUAAUCACAAUGUUACCUACUUCUGCCCAUGUGAUUGAUGUUUACACUGGACCAAAUGGUUUGCUUCAUGGUGGAAAACUCCUAAGGCCAUGGUUGUUGUUAGAUUCAUCCACUAUUGAUCCAGAAACAUCAAGAAACCUUUCUGCUACAGUUUCUAAUUAUAUUCUAAAAGAAAAAAAAGGUGAUCGGGAAAAACCUUUCAAGUUAGAUGCUCCUGUAUCCGGAAGUGUAACUGCAGCUGAAGCUGGGACGCUUACUUUUAUGGUUGGUGGCUCUGAGGAAGCAUUUCUUGCUGCAAAACCCAUUCUCUUUUCAAUGGGUAAAAGUGCAAUAUAUUGUGGUGCAGCGGGAAGUGGUUCUGCAGCAAAAAUCUGCAAUAAUUUGGCUUUGGCUGUGAGCAUGCUGGGAAUAUCAGAAGCUCUUGCUCUAGGUCAAUCUCUUGGUGUUUCUGCUCGCACGUUGACAAAUAUAUUUAAUUGCUCCAGUGCUCGCUGUUGGAGUAGUGAUGCUUACAACCCAGUUCCUGGGCUGAUGGAAGGGGUGCCCUCGUCAAGGGAUUAUAUAGGAGGGUUUGCAUCCAAGCUUAUGGCUAAAGACUUAAACCUAGCAGUAGAAUCAGCUAAGCUGGCUGGAUGUAAAUUCCCACUAACAUCACAAGCGCAAAAGAUAUAUACUGAGCUCUGCGGCGAUGGCCAUGAAGCCAAAGACUUUUCGUGUGUUUUUCGUCAUUAUUACUCUGGCAUGGACGAGCCCCAUGAUGAAUAA